AUGUCUCAGUUAAACAUUGGGGAAGCCUCAAUGAUGCCUCACGAAAUGCCUCGUAAGGUUGGUGCUGGUGCUGGUGGUGGUGCUAGUGCUGGUGCUGGUGCUGAUGCUGGUGUUUGUGCUGGUGGUUAUGCUAGUGCUUAUGUUGGUGCGUUUACUAGUGCCGGUGCUGACACUGGUGCUGGUGCUGGUGCCUGGGUUGGUGCUGGUGCUGGUACUGGUGCUGGUGCUGGUGGUGCUGGUGGUGGUGCUGGUGCUGGUGUUGGUGUUGGUGUUGGUGCUGGUGCUGGUGCUGUUGUUGGGGCUUGUACUGGUGCUGGUGAUUGUGCUGUACCCGGUGGAUGUGCUGGUGCAGGUGCUCAUACUGUUUGUGUUGGUGCCUGGGCCGGUGCUGGCGCUUGUGCUUGUGCCUAUACUAGUGUUGGUGGUGGUGCUGGUGCUGGUGUUGGUGCUAGGGCUGGUGCUGAUGCUGGUGCUUGUUGCAGUGCCGCUGGUGUUGCUGUUCUUUCUGGUGCUGAUGCUGGUUCUGGUGCUAAUGCUGGUCCUUGGGCCGGUUCUGGCGCUUGUGCUGGUGCCAGUACUGGUGCUGGAGCUGGUGCUGGUGCUAAGGCUGUUUUAGGUUGUUGCGCUGAACCUGGUGCUUGUUCUGCUGCUGGUGCUGGUUCUUGUUCUAAUUCUGGUGCUGCUGCCAGUGCUGUUGCUGGUGCUGGUGGUUGUGCUGGUUUUGGUGCUGGGGCUGGUGCUGGAUCUGGUGCUGGUUCUGUUGCUGGUACUUGUGCUGGGCCUGGUGCUUGUGCUGGGCCUGGUGCUUGUGCUGGUGCUGGUGCUGGUGCUGGUGCUGGUGCUCGUGGUUGUGCUUGUGCUUGUGCCUAUACUAGUGCUGCAGCUGGUGCUGGUGUUUGUGCUUGUUUUUGUGCUGGGGCACGUACCGGUGUUUGUGCUGGAUCUUGGGCAAGUGCCGGCUCUUGCACUAGUGCAAUUGCUGAUGCUGGUGCCUGUGACGUUGCUUUUGAUGAUGUUGGUGCUUGUUCCUGUCCACAAGCCACUAGCAUUAGCACAAGAACCAGCACAAGAAGAAGCUCCAGGUUCAGCGCAAGAACCAACAACAGCCUAAGCUCAAGCACCAGCACCAGCACCAGUUCCAGCACCAGUACUGGCACCAGCACAAGCGCCAGAACCGGCCAAAGGAUCAGCAUUAGCACCAGCACCAGCACCAGCAUCAGCACCAGAAACAGCACCAACACCAGCCCAGCAAUAGAACAGGCACCAGCACUAGUACAAGCACCAGCACAAACCUCGGAACCGGCACCAGCCACCAGCACAAGCACCAGCACCAGCACCAGCACCAGAACAAGCCUCGGGUCCAGCACAAGCAGCAGAACGAGCAAGGGUAAGCGAACCAGCACAGGCACCAGUUCCAGCAAUAGUUCAGGCACCAGCAGAGGCACCAUCACGAGCUCCAGCACCAGCACUAACGCCACCACCAGCACCAGCUUCAGCCUAAGCACAAGGACAGGCACAAGCGCCAGCACCAGCACCAACACCAGCAAAAGCAACAGCACAAGCAUAGGCACCAGCACCAGUACCAGCAACAGCACCAGCACCACCACCAGCAACAGCACUAGCAUUAGAACUAGCACCAGCACCAGCUCCACCACUUGUACAGGUACCAGCACAAGCGCCUGCACUAGUACAGGCACAAGCACAGGCACCAGUACCAGUACCAGCACUAAUACCAGCACCAGCACAAGAACCCGGUCCAGCACCAGCACCAAAAACAGCACCAGCACUAGCUCUAGUUCAAGCAACAGCACAAGAACCGGCACCGGUCCAAACUCAAGCACAAGCACCAGUACGAGAACCAGCACAAUCACCAGCACUAGCACCAGCACCGGCCCAAGCACUGGCUCGAGAACAAGCGCAAGCACUAGCGCCAACAGCAGCAUCAGCAUUGUCACCAUUACCAGUACCAGUACCAGCUCCAGCACCAGCCCCAGCACCAAUACCACCACCAGCACAGGCCAAGGCACCAGAACCAGCACAAAAACCAGCACUAACACCAAAACCAGCACCAGCACCACCACCAGCACCACAACCAGCACCACCACCAGCCUAAGUACCAGGACAGACACAAGCGCCAGCACAAGCACAACACCAGCACCAGCACAAGCAACGACACAGGCAAAUACACCAGUACUAGCACCAGAACCAGAACCAGCACCAGCACAAGCACAACCCCUGGGUCCAGCACAAGCACCAACACCAGCCUAAGCAGCAGCACCAGCACCAGCACCACCACCAGCAACACCACCAACACUAGUCUAAGCACCAGGACAGGCAGAAGCACCAGCAACAACACCAGCACCAGCACCAGCACAAGAAACGGCAUAGGCAUCAGCACCGGCACUAGCACCAGUACCAGAACCAGAACCAGCAUUAGUACAAGUACAAGCACAAGCACCGGGUAGAUCACAAGAACCAACACCAGCCUAAGCAACAGCACCAGUACAGGCAUCAGUACCAGCAACAGCACCGGUACUGGCUCAAGCUCCAGCACAAGCACCGGUACAAGAACCAGAAACAGCACCAGCACAAGCACCGGG